AUGCUCCGUCGACUUCUCCUCCUCACGGCUGCGGCCUCCGUGUCCGCAUUCCUUGCAGCCCCGGCUCUUCCUCGUGCUCAGUCAUUGCGCACCAAGGCAGCGGGCCCUGUUUGCCUCCUCAGCGAAGGGCAGAUGGCCGUCAGCAUUGUUGGCACCAAGAACGAUGACCUCACCGUGGUUCAAGGACGCGGCGAUAUGCGCAGCAAGAAGGGGAAGCGCUUUGCCAAGAGCUACGGAAAGUGCCGAACCAAGAGCGGCAAGACCAGCGAGAAGUCCAAAACCCCAUGGGGAGGCGUCCACGGCCAACCAACCUCGUGA